UUCAAGCAGCUGCUGGAACUUCGCAAGCUGUUCUUCCCAAAGCUGGUGAGCGCCGAGCUGGGCUUGCUUUGCCUUCACUCGGUCGCUCUGGUUUCUAGGACCUUCCUCUCCAUCUAUGUGGCCGCCCUCGAUGGGAAGAUCGUGAAAAGCAUCGUGGAAAAAAAGCCCAGGAGCUUUGUCUUCAAACUAAUCAAAUGGCUGAUGAUUGCGAUCCCAGCCACUUUUGUGAACAGCACCAUACGGUACCUGGAGUGCAAGCUGGCCCUCGCCUUCCGCACGCGCCUGGUGGAUCACGCCUACGAGACCUACUUUGCCAACCAGACUUACUACAGAGUGAUCAGCAUGGACGGCCGGCUGGCUAACCCUGACCAGUCCCUCACCGAGGACAUCAUGAUGUUCUCACAGUCUGUGGCGCAUCUCUACUCCAACCUCACCAAGCCCAUCCUAGAUGUCGUGCUCACCUCCUACACCCUCAUCCGCACAGCACGGUCCCGAGGGGCUAACCCCAUCGGGCCCACGGUCCUGGCUGGGCUUGUCGUCUACGCUACGGCCCGCGUUCUCAAAGCCUGCUCGCCCAAGUUUGGCAAGCUGGUGGCUGAGGAGGCUCACAAGAAGGGCUAUCUGCGCUUCAUGCAUUCACGCAUCAUUGCCAAUGUGGAAGAGAUCGCCUUUUACCGAGGGCAUAAGGUAGAAAUGAAACAACUGCAAAAAAGCUACAAGGCUUUGGCAGAUCAAAUGAAUCUCAUUUUGUCCAAACGUUUAUGGUACAUCAUGAUAGAGCAGUUCCUGAUGAAGUAUGUCUGGAGUAGCUGUGGUAUGAUUAUGGUCGCUGUGCCCAUCAUCACCGCAACGGGAUUUGCAGAUGGCGAAUUGGAGGAUGGCCAGAAACAAGCAAUGGUUAGUGAAAGAACAGAAGCUUUUACGACAUCACGAAACUUGCUGAUCUCUGGAGCAGAUGCUAUUGAAAGGAUUAUGUCUUCGUACAAAGAGGUUACUGAGCUAGCAGGCUACACUGCCCGCGUCUAUAACAUGUUUUCAGUCUUUGAUGAGGUGAAGAGAGGCAUCUACAAAAGAACUGCUGUUAUUCAAGGGUCUGAAAACAACAGCAAGAAUGAAGAUAAAGCCGAAUUACACAUCGAUGGGCCCUUAGAAAUCAAAGGGAAAGUUAUUGAUGUUGAUCAUGGAAUUAUUUGUGAAAAUGUUCCUAUUAUUACUCCGAAUGGCGAUGUGGUGGUUUCCAGACUAAACUUCAAAGUCCAGGAGGGGAUGAAUCUUUUAAUCACUGGACCCAACGGCUGUGGAAAGAGCUCACUCUUCAGAAUUUUAAGUGGCCUGUGGCCUGUGUAUGAAGGAGUUCUCUACAAACCCCCUCCGCAGCACAUGUUUUAUAUACCACAAAGGCCCUACAUGUCCAUUGGAACGCUACGUGAUCAAGUCAUCUAUCCAGACUCAGUGGAUGACAUGCAUGAGAAAGGCUACCAAGAUCAAGAUCUGGAGUGUAUCCUGCAUACGGUUCAUCUGUACCACAUAGUUCAAAGAGAAGGAGGCUGGGAUGCCAUCAUGGAUUGGAAAGAUGUCUUAUCAGGAGGAGAAAAACAAAGGAUGGGCAUGGCUCGGAUGUUUUACCAUAAGCCGAAAUACGCAUUGCUGGACGAAUGCACGAGUGCUGUAAGCAUUGAUGUUGAAGGAAAGAUAUUCCAAGCUGCAAAAGCUGCUGGGAUAUCCCUACUUUCUAUAACACACAGACCUUCUCUUUGGAAGUACCACACUCACUUGCUGCAGUUUGAUGGACAAGGCGGCUGGCGUUUCGAGCAGUUGGACACCGCUAUCCGUUUAUCACUGAGUGAGGAAAAACAGAGACUGGAAUCCCAACUUGCAGGAAUUCCUAAAAUGCAGCAGAGACUGAAUGAACUGUGUAAAAUCUUGGGAGAAGACUCAGUGCUUAAAACAAUGGAGAAAGAGGAAUAAAUAAUUUAUGUUUU